AAUGUACAUCGAAUGCAGCAUGAGCUAGCUUGAUGUAGUUUUUGUGUCCGGAAACGAGAAUUUACGAUGUUUUGCUGCAACUAGAAAGCAGAAUCUCCUCCAAAAGUAGAAGUCGACACUUUAAAGGCAGGCGUGAGCAUGGAUCCGGCCUGCUGUGACUCUGCUGAGGCUCCGGCCGCCCUGGUGGUCCAGGUGUGCUUUCCUGGGGCUCGCGCGGCUGUUCUGGACAACUUGAACCGGCAGCGGGAGGAGGGCCGGCUGUGCGACCUGUCCAUCCAGGUGCAGGGCCGCGUGUUCAGGGCCCACCGCUGCGUGCUGGCCGCCUCCUCGCCCUACUUCCACGACCAGGUGUUGCUGAAGGACGUGGCGGCGGUGGCGCUGCCCUCGGUGCUGGACCCGCUGGCGUUCGAGAGCGUGCUGCGCGCGGCCUACACGGGCCGGCUGAGCGUGGUGCGGGACGAGGUGGUCCACUACGUGACGGUGGCCAGCUUCCUCCAGAUGUGGCACAUCGUGGACAAGUGCACCGAGAUCCUGAAGAAGCCCCGCCCCCCGCCGCCGGGCCCCGCCCCCCGCCAGCCCUCCCCCAGCAGCACCGACAGCCCCGAGCGGGGGGGCAGGAGGCGGGACCGGAGGACACACGCCCUGCCGCCGCUCGCCACGUGGCGCCGGCCACAACAGCCGGCGCGAUGGGGACGCCAUCGGGCCUCGCCCGCCCCCCCGGACCCGGCCGACUCGCAGCUGGACGGCCCCCCCAGCUACCAGUACGGCUGUGGGGAGGCCUGGGCGGCGCCGGAGGGGGCGGGGCCUAGUGGCGGCGGCGGGGAGGCCGUGAAGCAGAGGGCCCGGGGGGAGGCCGGGGGGGGCGGCUACCCGGGCCCGUCGGGUCUGGCCUCGGCCCGGUUCCAGUGGCAGGCGGGCUCCUGGACCCAGCAGGAUCUGGCAGCCCAGGACACAGCGGGGGCCCCCAGCUGGAAGGAGGAAGAGGAGGAGGAGGAAGACGAGGAAGAGGACGUCUUUGAGUGUUUCUCAUUUGAAGCCGAUGGGCCAGAACCCCCCUGGUCCCCCAGAGGGGUCCAGGGGGGCUGUGGGGGGGUCCAGGGGGGUUCUGGAGGGACCCAGGGGGGCUGUGGAGGAGUUCAAGGGGGGGGGGCUGUGGAGGGGCUAUGGGCAGCUCUGGGGGGGUCCAAGGGGGUUCUGGAGGGGCCCAGGGGGGCUGUGGAGGGGUUCAAGGGGGUUCUGGAGGGGCUCCGGGGGGCUGUGGGGCCCAGGGAGUUUCUGGAGGGAACCAAGGUGUUUCUGGAGGGAACCAGGGGGGCUGUGGAGGGGUUCAAGGGGGCUGUGGAGGGGUUCAAGGAGGCUGUGGGGCCCACAGGGUUUCUGGAGGGACCCAGGGGGUUUCUGGAGGGAACCAGGGGGGGUGUGGGGGGACCCAGGGGGGUUCUGGAGGCUCCCCAGAGGGCUGUGGGGCUCCUUCCUCCAGCCGCCAGCCCUCCCCCCCAUCCUGCCCCUCGCCGCCCACGCCGUCCUCCUCGUCCUGGGCGUCGCCGGCGCCCCCCCCCGGGGAAGCUGCACCGGUGCCACUGCGGCAAGGCGUACGCGCUGAAGAGCAUGCGCGACCGCCACGUGAAGAUGGCGCACCUGAACCUGCGGCCGUUCGGCUGCCCCGUCUGCUCCAAGUCCUUCAAGAUGAAGCACCACCUGACCAAGCACCUGCGCACGCACGGCGGCCUGCGGCCCUACGAGUGCAGCCUGUGUGGGAAGAAGGUGGUGUGGAGGGACAGCUUCCUGAGGCACCAGGCCAGAUGUCAGCGGCUGGCCGGCGCCGCCAAGGCCACCGCCGCCCCCCCGCCGCAGGACGGCUACGGCUACGGCUUCCCCCAGGGGGGGGCCUUCCCCCCGGCCGGGCAGGUGAAGGUGGAGGAGGUGGACUUCCACCGGGAGAUGGGCGGGCUGCUGGACAGCGUCUCUGGGAUGGUGGAGGACUCGCACAGUCUGGACGCCGGCGGCCAUGUUUUCAAAGAGGAGGCCUCAGAGAGCUUCGGCGGAAGCUAG